CAGACAGAUCCUCGUUAGAGUCGUGUGGCUGGAAUGGGCUGGACAGCAAUCCAUUCGCAGCUUGCUAGGUUAUGAGAUCCUUUGGUGGUAUAAGAAAAACGUUGACAUACGUAGCUUAUCAAAUCGGGCCUUCGCUUGAUACUCCGUGUAUUCAAUGACAAAUUGGUUGUUACAUUGUUUAAGCGUUAAUUCUGUUGGAUUGUAAUACGUGUAAUCUCUUAAUAAUUUCAUUUACCGGCUUGCCUUUUUUUCCCCGUUGAAUGGUUAUCAGCAAUGGAAACUGCCAAUUUUGAGACAAAACCAGGAGUAAUUGUUCUGGGAGGAUGUGGUUUUAUCGGACGGAACCUUGUGGAAUAUUUACUGGAUAAUGAGCUGGUAUCAUAUGUCCGAGUAAUCGACAAGGUACCACCUCAAACAGCAUGGCUUAACAAGAAACAUCAAACGAUAUUUGAACAUCCUUUGCUUGAAUUUAGAAGCGCUAACCUUAUUAACUCAGCCUCUUGUGACAAUGCUUUUGCUGGUGAGCAACGAAUAGACAUUGUAUUUAAUUGUGCUGGGGAAACAAAGUACGGCCAAACAGAUCCUGUUUACAAAGACGGAAUUCAUAAACUUAGUAUGAAUUGUGCACAGAAAGCCGCUGAACUUGGGGUACAACGAUAUAUAGAGAUCUCAAGUGGACAUUUAAGUUCAUCCGAAAAGGUACCGCACAAAGAGGAUGAUGAAGUUGAUCCAUGGACAUUUAUAGCAAAACAUAAAGUUCAAGUAGAAAAUGAUCUAAAAAAUAUACCUGGAUUGAAGUUUACUAUUUUUAGACCAGCGAUCAUUUAUGGCCCUGGAGACAGGAACAGUCUAGCACCUCGCCUCGUUGUGGGAGCUGUUUACAAACAUUUAGGUGAAAUGAUGAAGUUGCUCUGGGGCCCAAACCUUCGCAUGAAUACUGUACAUGUGCGAGAUGUGGUGAGAGCCAUGUGGCAUGUUACACGUCAUCCCAAUACCAUUGGCCAGAUUUACAACGUUGUGGACGAGUCUGAUUCGACGCAAGGCUCCAUAAGCGCACUUGUGUCGGAAUUAUUUAAUAUUAAUCACGAUUAUUGGGGUGCAGCUCUGUCAAUGCUAGCCAAGGUUGAUAUGACCACAAUUGUAGAAGAAGUUAAUGACAAACAUAUGAGUCCAUGGGCCGAAGCAUGCAGCAAAGAUGGAGUGGAAAAUAGUCCACUAUCUCCGUAUAUUAACAGAGAACUACUUUACAAUAAAAAUUUGUAUUUACAGCCGGGAAAGUUGUCAUCUACAACUAACUUUACUUAUCUCUACCCGAAGCUGAUGAAGGAGUCUCUAAAAGAGGUUGUUGAUGAUUACGUUGAGAUGAAGAUAUUUCCACAUUCCCUAGUUCUGUGAUGAAUUGUUCUAUAAGCUGCUUGAACAAUGUGUAGAAUGAAAAUAGAUGCACGAUUCUACAAGCCAAAGUAUUUCACACUGUGCCUAAUGUGAAGAAUAUAUUAAAUCAUAGCGAGAUAAAUACGCAAAGCAUUAAUUAAACUUGUAGACUUUCUGAAAGUAUAAUAGUUAAAACGGAUAGAAUUAACUAAGCCGACAACCACGUUGUGAUAACAAAAAUGAGUAAUGUAUUUAAUUUUACUCUAGCCUGCAAGUUAAGAAUGAGUCAGUCGAUUAUUUUUCCUUUUGUCCGCUAAGGAUAUGUACACACACGUAUAAGUGAAUUUCGCGACCUAAACUUCAAAAUGAUGCGAUGUUUUUCAAAUUGUUACUGCAGAAAUCAUUUCUCAGCUAAAAAGUAGUUGGCAUGAAAUGGCGGAAAAAAUAUUUUCAAGAUGCCUGAUAGGUGAAUUUAAAAACUAGCGCAAUAUCAUACAUGGUCGCUGUGAUGAAACUUAUAAUUCCAUUUCCGCUUAACAAUGAUCUGCGAUAGGUAGCUACCAAACGAUAUUUCACGACAGCAAAAGAAAGUGAAAUAUGUUUGCACCAUCAAAUAUAGCGUGAUAAUUGUAGUGUAGCCUGCAAAGUUCACUGGUACAAACAUGUGCAUAUACACGUUGAACUGUCAGACACAAAUUAUAAUAUAAAGACGAAUCGUUGAUCGACUCUUAAUGCAAUUUGUGAAGUAUUUAUGAAGGGUACUAGUCAAUGCGAAUAAUAACGCAAUUGGAAGCUUCUUUUAUAAUCUCGAUGCGAAAAUGAUACUCGAGUUUCAAAUCAACACGUUUAUUAGUACCUAAAUAAAAAAUGAUGUUACAAAUCUAUAAAAUAGACGCAUCUUAUCGCUGUUAAUUAUUUCAAAAUGAAUAAGUAACAUGAAAUAGUCUGUAAAGUAAACUUCUUUUUUUUUAUGCCAUUUUUCAAUGUGCCUAAUUAUUUCGUACGCGUUUAUUAAAAAUAUAGAUGCAAAUAAACGGUGCCAAAGUUCUGAUAUUAUCUACUAUAUGUUUAUAUUCGAUAGUUGAUGCAAGCUGUGACAAAACACAACGAAAGAAAUUUAUAUCACCUCUGAAUCCGUAAUAGAGAAGUCAAAAACGGAACUACUGGAUCGAGCAGAUGCAUGGAAAGCAUUGUUGUUAUUUUUGAUAACACUUUUGUUUUUCAAUUGCUUUCUUCUUUUCCAAACGGUCACUGAUGCAAAUAUUUUUCGCGGAUGUUUGGUAUACUAGUGGCCUAGAAAUUCGGUUGAUUAGUAUUGUAAUGAAGUGAAUUGAAUAGCGCAAUUAUCGUGUUUUAAGCUAGACUGUAUUAGUAGACUAGUAGAGUAAUAUGAAUUACAUCUUGCAAGAAUGAGCUAUUUUACUAUUGAUAGAAUAAAUUGCACACUUAGUAGCUCGUACAGGUUUAUCAGUUAUUCCACAAACAAUAACCACUGUGCGGAUGCAUUUAUUUAUAGCCCGAGCUAAUUAAUCUAAUUAAAUUAAACUAUAGUAAAAUACAUUUUGAGGUACACUAUUAAGCGAUGAUUAUUUGACUGUAUCAAAUUCAUGUAUACAGGUGCAUGUCAAUAAAAAUCAAUAAUUAUAUCAAAUAGCAUUCGUAAUGUUUCCGAACCGAAUAUUAAAUUUGAAAAUAAAGUGCACAGCGCAGUAGAUACUAAAGACUCGAAAAAUAAAAAAUCUUGAAAUAAUAAUAUUACUAUAUUACGAUCUUAAUUUUAUUCUAUCAUCGUUACAACAAUAUGCUGUAUACAGAAAUGUCAACAAUAUUAUUAAAUAUCUCUUGUACCAUGCGGAUUUCAAUACUAAACGUUAGGAUUGUAAUUAGACGUAAUUAAUCAUAUUCAAUAUAUUAAAAUAUAUAAUUUUUAUAUUUUUCUAUAGUAAUCAUAAUAAUGGAUGUGUAUAUACAAUCAUGUUAAGUAUUUACAAAGUAACUGCACCUUCAACUAAUAUACUUGUAAAACGGAAUCAACUACCUUAAAGUGAAAAUAAUAUUUAUUUAAUAAAAUAAAUUAUAAACAUUCAUAUAAUGAUAGAUAAUCAAUGUGAUUAAUUAUAGUAACAAUACUUAAAUGUUAUUUGUAUAUCAUAUGAAUAGAAAAAAAUUAGCAAUAGUUUAUUACAUUUAAUUAAUAUUUUUUAAAAAGUUCCCAUGAGGUAUUUAAAACAGUUUAAAUAUAAAGAACAGUAACGAGUAGGUACGAUAGUUAAGUUAAAGUUAAGUUACGAAAAUCGCCCUAGAGAGCAACCUCUAAGGAGUUUUAUUCAUUUAAAUGGGGUUGCUGCAGAAGACGUUCAAAAUGCCAAUGACUUCGGCAUUUUAAUAGAUUUAUCAUCCAUUUUCUAAACGUAACAUAUUUCUUCAGAAAUAAUUUUGACAGAUGUAUGACCAUAAUUUCAUAAUAUAUUCUGUGGAGUAUUUAACCAUAUCAGUUGAAUAAACAUAAUUUGACAAAA